GUAGCCGGCAUACGGAUAGGUUUUUAAUUUCCCGAGCCUCCCUUCCAGUCCUACCCAUCAACGUCAUUCUGCUUAGGGAAAGACCCUUGAAAAUCAUAACAACCUCCUAGAAAACUCCUGCCCUUUCCUUUUCUUCCUAAUGCACGUUAGUAGAUUCAUAGUAAGGAUGGCUUUGUUGACUGUAAAGUGAUAGAUCUAAGUGACAGAUCCGUUCUUACCCUUAGUUUGAAACCAAGGGAUCAUCAACAUUUUCUUCCCAUAUAACCAUAACCCCCUUCUUGUUAACCCAUCUUCAUUUCUGCCCUCUAUUGAAUAAGUAUUGAGGGAAAUAGAUCCUAGUUAUGUCGGCAGCUACAGCUAUCCCAAUUACUUCAUUUCCGGAUGUGGACCCACAGAAGAUAAAAUCAAGACCGGGUAAUUGUGGGGUUACCGUCGAUAUCUAUCCACCUUCAACUUCCGAUUUUCUCGGUCCCUGGUCUUCUAACAUCAAAUCUACUGUCGACUCGCCAUAUCCGCGUUCUAUUAAGUCAUCUAAAUCCGUUGAAGAUCUUCCCGCCAUCGGUGCAUUUCCGUUAGGCUCACUCCGAGUGACGGAACAGAGAGAGAAGGACCUAGAAGUAGAUACGCCACUCACCACACCCGACUGCGCCAUGGAGUUAUCAUCGGAACCUGGGUCUCCCUUUCCUACGGGGGGUGACGUCCUUAUACUAGACGACUUGCCUGAAAACUUCACAGUCGGUUGCGACUCGAUGUCCUUCACGACGAAAAGGUCCUUUCCGGGCUUUCGUGACAUCCCGCCUGGGGCGCAUCUCAUCUGGGUCGCCCCCACCGAACUGACGUCAACCCGAAGUGCAUAUUGGAUCUUCACUCCCAACAGGAAGGAGUUAGAACCCGCAGAUGUUUAUGUGAAGCAAUGGGAUAAUUUCAAUGAAAUCCUCAGCGAUCCAGCUAGCCAAGCCGAAGAGAGAUUUCAAAAGGAGAGAUUAUGGCAGAUCUACGACAACCUUUCACCUUAUCAGCUCCGGGCCACUACCUCCGGAGUACACCUCGCACCAUCUAACCAUGAAUUGGAUAAUCUUCCAUCUUUGCUCAGCAAUGAGACGAUAUGGGAUCAGUUGACGUCGGCUAUACACCCGGGUCUCCUGAGCAGAAUUACGGGCCAGACCCAAAGAAGCUGGCAAGUUACUACUUUAGACCGGGUCGCUGGCGAUACGACGAUGGCCGAAGAAGCUCGUCUGUACGCCAGCGGGAAGUCACAACUACGUUUCACAUUCUCCAUAAACGCACCCCUCAUUAGCCCAUCCACCUCCGGCGAAGAACGCACCCGCCAAGCUCUUGACCCAACACCCUUCAUCCUCGACACCCUUAAUAACCCCGUCAACACCUCCAAACCUAGCGACCUAGUCGGUGAAUUCUCCUUCGCAUUCCUCACCGGGAUGCACCUAGGUAACUACUCCUGCCUAGAGCAAUGGUGGUUCUACGCCACCAAACUAAUAUUCCGCUCCUUCGACUUGGCUAUCCUAAACCCUGUCCUCGCCAAGGACCUCAUACAAACCUUUCACGCGCAACUCGUAUACAACGACCGGUACCUCGAAGGCGACAUCCUAGAAACUUCGGGGAAUAACGCGAAGAAACUCCAACGAGCACUUGUUACUUACAAAGCGCGUCUCGAUGAGAAACUACUCGCGUUGGGUGAUCGUAUAUCACCAGACCAACAUGCCGCGGGCGCUGCUUUCGCAGCGUUAGAAUCUUGGCUCUGGAGACUGGGUUGGGAUUUAAGAGGGGAGUAUGUACGUGCGGGGAAUGUGACGCUAGAAGACGGUGAAGUUGUCGAGGCUGAGAUGUCGGAUUUUGAAGAUGAGGAUGAAAGGGGUGAAUUUGCGCCUGUGGUGGUUAGUUUGGAUGAGGGAGGGAGAGAGGCGGGAUUGGUGUCGUGGGAUGGUUGAAUGACCUCAGAAGUGAAGGUGGGAAUAGGAGAUGAGAAGCAAUAAUUAAAUGCAUACACGAACGGACGGAUAGAUGAAUGGGUAUACACAUACACGAUACAUGAAUGGAUGAAUAGGGCGGGUUCUUGUAAUAUUUUACUCGUACAACCCAUUUAAUCUUGAUAUACUUUGAGGGUUGCAAGAACAAGCAGCAUAAUACUUCAAAUUUACUUAAAGAACUCAA